CCGGAAAGGGAAACGUCACCGACAUGAGGUGGUGUUUUUGAACACUGGGCAGAAAACAGCAGCCUUCUACAUUUGCAUAUUCCUUCCUGCUCAGCUGAAGAGAAAGAAGAGACGCAGGUUUUCAAACUCUUGAAAACAGCUCUCCUUAUCCUUUUAAGGUGCUCCUGAGAGGCAUGAAUGACUUUGCAGUUCUCAACACGGGGCGGAAGAUGCCCCUCCUUGGACUGGGGACAUGGAAGAGUGAACCAGGACAGGUGAAACAGGCAGUCGUUUGGGCCUUGGAGUCUGGUUAUCGCCACAUUGACUGUGCAUCCAUUUAUGGAAAUGAGGUGGAGAUAGGAGAAGCUCUACAGGAGACACUCGGCCCUGCCAAGGCCCUGAGGCGAGAGGACGUGUUCGUUACAUCCAAACUGUGGAACAACCAACAUCACCCUGAGGACGUGGAGCCGGCCCUCCUGAAGACUCUGAAGGACCUGAAGCUGGAGUACCUGGACCUCUACCUCAUCCACUGGCCCUACGCCUUCCAACAAGGAGACGUUACUUUCCCCAGAAAGGAGGAUGGCACCUUGCUGUAUGACAACAUAGACUACAAGCUGACCUGGGCUGCCAUGGAGAAGCUGGUGGAGAAGGGCCUCGUCAGAUCCAUCGGCCUGUCUAACUUUAACAGUCGACAGAUUGAUGACAUUCUGUCUGUUGCUAGCAUCAAACCCACUGUCUUACAGGUAGAGGGCCAUCCUUACCUGGCCCAGGUAGAGCUGCUGGCUCACUGCCGGGACCAGGGCCUGGUGAUGACGGCCUACAGCCCUCUGGGUUCUGCUGACCGGGCCUGGAAACAUCCUGAUGAACCUGUCCUGCUUCAGGAGCCGGUGCUAGCCUCACUGGCAGAGAAAUAUAAAAAAUCUCCUGCCCAGAUAAUCCUGAGGUGGCAGACACAAAGAGGAGUGGUAACCAUCCCUAAGAGCGUGACAGAGUCCCGCAUCAAAGAGAAUAUUCAGGUGUUUGACUUCACCCUUGAAGCAGAGGAAAUGAAAAGUGUAACAGCACUGAACAAAGGGUGGCGCUACAUCGUGCCAAUGAUUGAAGUUGAAGGAAAACGUGUUCCCAGGGAUGCAGGACAUCCUUACUACCCUUUCAACGACCCCUACUGAUCACUCGCACUACAGCCUGAAUUUGUGCCUUCAACAACUCUCAAUAUGACCACGUGUCCAUCUCCCCACAUCAUAUAUACGUUCUCAGAUCCCUGCAUCACAGUUUGUCUUUAGAUUAUGUCAAAUCAAGCGCUUAUCAUUAGAAUAUUUCAAGUUAAUGUUGGUGAUGAAGGGUCAUGGGAAUCUGGUAUGACUGUAUACUCACUGUACGUUAAUUUUCUAAUAAACAUUUUAUUACCUCA